CUAAAGAUGUCUAGUUUUUCAAGAUUGCUAUCAACAAUCUCCAAGAAAGUUGUGAAACCUUUUUCUCCUACUCCAUCAACUCAAAAAAUUCACAAAUUUUCACUUCUUGAUCAAUGUAUGGGUAAUUUUUAUAUGCCCCUUGUUCUAUUUUACCCAAAACAUCAACUAGAACAAGGUCCAAAACAACUCUCUAAACUUCUAGAAAACUCAUUUUCAAAAGCAUUGACUUAUCAUCAACCAUGGGUUGGAAGUUUAAGAGAUAAUGCAACUAUUCAUUGUGAUGACACUGGGGCUGAGUUCUUUGAAGUUGAAGUUAAUUGUUCAAUGAAUCAAGUCGUUCAUCGCCCAGACUUAACAUUUCCUCCAGGGUUAUCCUGGAAGAAUGUUCCUCAUGCAAAUGAUGGUGGCCGAUUGAGCGUAGCUCAGCUUAGCCACUUUGAUUGUGGAGGAAUGUCAAUAAGUGUGUGUAUGUCACAUAAGGUGGGUGAUGCGCGUAGUGCCUUUUCCUUUUUGAAGGAUUGGGCUACAAUAACCCGACAAUAUCCAAAUGAUGAAUUAUCAUGUCCUUCGUAUUAUGUUCAGGAUUCAUUAAUGCCAUCUCUACCCGACGGCCCACUAAAGUUCCCCGUUGUGGUUGAGCCAAAUGAAGAAGAAAGUGUCGAAUUUGAAAAGAGGUUUUUUUUAUCUGAAUCCAAUAUAAGAGCUCUCAAAGCAUUGAUAGUUGAUGAUCCAUCAUCAAUAGUGCAAAAUCCAACAACUACUGAGGUUGUUAGUGCAAUUGUUUACAAAUGUGCAGCAAUUGCUGGUGCAAACAUAUCAAAUGGUAAUGAUUCUUCAUCUCAAAUGGUUUUAGUAUCCGAUUUACGAAAAACAAUUCCACCUUCAAUAAAAUCAACAUCCACAAUCGGGAACAUUCUCACCGCCUUCUCUACACCAAUAUAUAACCUAGAAGACCUGAGGCUACCAAAAUUAGUUGCCGAUAUAAGAAAGUCUAAACACGAGCUUUCCACCAGAGACAAUUUCAAAGAAAACAAAUGGAUAUCAGAGAUGCUAGAAUACGCAAAUAAAAUAAAUACAGGAAUAGAGGAUGACCAAUCGUAUCGUCAGAAGAGUUCAUGUCACGAUGUGUAUCGAUGUAGUAGUAUAUGUAACAUUCCAUUCCAAGAUUUGGAUUUUGGAUGGGGGAGACCUACAAGAGCAAGCAUAGCAAGUACACCAUUUAGCAAUAUGAUUUAUUUGAUGAAUACACAAGAUCAAAAUAAAGGAAUUGAAGUGUUUAUUAACUUGAAUCAACAACAAAUGUCCAUUUUUGAACAAGACAAGGAAUUUUUACAAUUUGCUAGUCCUGUUGGUGAUAAUCAUGUUCAUGAGGACAAAGAGAAAUUAUAUUGCAUGGAAGCUUUCUAA